CAAGCCACAGUUGAUCUUCAUGAACCAAGUCAAGUUGCGGCUGUCGUCCAUGAGCCAAGCCAAGCCACAGUUGAUCUUCAUGAACCAAGUCCGGCCACGGCAGGCCUCCCUGAGUCAAGUCUGGCCACGGCAGGCCUCCCUGAGUCAAGGCAAGAAACUAUUGUCCUACCAAAACCUCACCAGGUCCCCUCUAACCUUCUCAAACUACCUCACAUCUCAGCUGAAACCGCAGAGCCCACGCUCCCAAGCCACGCAGAGCCCACGCUCCCACGCCACACAGAGCCCACGCUCCCACGCCACACAGAGCCCACGCUCCCACGCCACGCAGAGCCCACAUUCACAAGCCAUAAGCCCAUAGCAUCAACACCCUCGAGGUCAACAGACACUCCACUAUCUACUAUGCUGCCUGUAAUGGCCAUCGCCAUUUUCAGUGCGUGGGCUGCACACUGUGUUCCAGAGGCCUCGCCUGUCCACGAGUCUGCUCUAGAGGCCUCGCCUGUCCACGAGUCUGCUCCAGAGGCCUCGCCUGUCCACGAGUCUGCUCCAGAGGCCUCGCCUGUCUACGAGUCUACUCCCGAGGCCUCGCCUGUCCACGAGUCUACUCCAGAGGCCUCGGCUGUCCACGAGUCUAUGCCAGAGGCCUCUUCUGUCAAAGAGUCUGCGCCAAUGCCCCCAGAAGCAGCAGCUCCGGCUGCAGAACCUCCUAAAGGGGCGGCGUUUCCCCAAGGACUCUCUGCCUGUCCUGUCAUGGCCAUGAAGGCCAUUUAUAACUUCCCUGCCACACCUGCCUCUGUUCCCCCACCCACCUGGACUGUUGUUGUUUUGAGCGCCAGGAGUCGCUCCUAGGGGGGGGGAUUCUGUAACGCCGAGCCAGCAGAGGGAGCCCUCACCCCAGGACUGCCUGCAUGCUCCCUCUGCUGCUUUUACUGCUACUUCCUGUUUGGCAGUAUUUAAAGACUGACCAUGUGCUCAAUAGGUUGCGAAGUACUGCCAGUUAAACCUGCCUUACCGAGCAUUUAUAUUACUCUGUUGGAUUACCUGUUGCUGUCUUGCUUU